ACCUUUGCAUUAGACGCCUUCAGCUCUAACACUAGGAGCAGGCGUAAGGACCCCGGUAGCCGUACUCGUAGAACUCGACAAAGAUGUCGACGUGCAACCUAACCCAUGCAUCAGCUCGCUGAGUUUCUCGCCGGAUCUUCUCAGAGGGUCGCGAUUCCGAUCCGGUAGUAGAUUCAUUCGCGAAGCAGCUGCUCUUGAGUUGUUAAGUCUCCUUCGGCGGCGCUCGGGCAACUGCUAGCAAAUCCCACUCCUCCUGACUGAGGAUUUGCUCACCCACCUGUCCUGGUGAAACUGGAAAGGUCUCCGGGCCACCAGUAAACAAUCACUCAUAAAAAAAAACAAUACUGUUACAUUAAGGCAAACACCAAAACUCCUUAAACACAAAAAUAGCAAAACCAUUUUUCAUUCUUAAUGCUUAAUAAUUCAGGUGAAUAAUCUUAAUUAUCGCCAACUAGGAUUACAAAUUUCUCAGCCAUUAAAAUCACAAAAAAAUUAGUAAUAUGCAAUUAGUAUAUAUCGUGCAGAUAAAACUUUUUCGAAAAAACGUUACAUUUUAAAACUUCUAUCUUGUGUUUUUCGGAAAGAAAUCGUGUCGCAUCUAACCUUCGCAUUUAAUUAGCAGGUAUUUAUAAUUCUAUCAAUUCCUAGAUUAUCCGAAGCCGUAACAUGUAUAGACAAAACGUUCCGAAUUCAACAUUUAUAAGGUCAAAAAUUUAAUCGAAUUAACUGGUUAUCCUUCUAUGUAUGCGGAUGAUGUCCAUUAGUUGACAGUUGUGAGGCCACGAGUACACGGAGUGGGGUCAACUAUCAGUGUGAGUGUUCAUCCAGAUGUUAACGAACUCUAUGAAGAAGAAAAAAAUCUAGUGCAGUGUGAAUUUUGAAUUGUGUAGUAAACAAGAGUGAAUAUAGUCCUAUCGUAAUAUCUGUGCGGGUUUAAUUCACUAUAAUCAGUGCAAAAAAGUCAAAUCACAAAUAAAUACUCUACCUACUAUUUUAAUUGUAGGUUUACAAACGAUUUUUCAUUUUUCAAUAUUCUUAAAGUUGCCCAAUUUUAUUCACAUUACAUAAAUGUUUUAAAUAACUGAUAGCUGUACUGUAACUAGUGUUGGCCUAGUUACAGAACAGCUUAUCAUGCGUUUAUUUACAAUUUACCAGUCAUAAUGUUAAAGAUAAAGAUAAAAGUAACAAAGGUACAAAAACUACUAAUUAGACCAUAAUAAUUUCACUUUUUUUUUAAAUCAUACUAUGUGGUCGCCAUAGCGAAUAGCAUAUGUGCUAGAUAGCCACGUCGAGAUACAUUAUUUGUGACUUAUGAUUGGAUUGUCGAUUUGAAUUUAAAGACAGUCGUCUUUGUAAUGUAUAGGUGAGUGUUAAGCGGUUACCGAAGUAUUUUUGUUCAUUGCUUAGAUGGGUGGAUGAGCUCACAGCCCACCUGGUGUUAAGUGGUUACCGGAGCCAUCUACAUCUGGCAUAGACAUCUACAACGUAAACGCCGCCACCUACCACCUACCACCUACUUGAGAUAUGAGUUCUAAGGUCUCAGUAUAGUUACAACGGCUGCUCCACCCUUCAAACCGAAACGCAUUACUGCUUUACGGCUGAAGUUGGCGGAGUGGUUUUUUAUUUUUUUUAUUGGCCUUGUAGGCAGACGAGCAUACGGCCCACCUGACGGUGAGUGGCUACCGUCGCCCAUGGACUUCGGCCAUGCCAGGGGCAGAGCCAAGCUGCUGCCUCCCGUUAAGUACUCUCCACAAGCCUCGCUUGAAGAAGGAUACGUCAUAGCGCUCGGGAAGCACCAUGGAGUGGAGCUCAUUCCAAAGCCGGAUGGUACAUGGCAAAAAAGAUCUCUGAAAACGCACUGGGGAUGAACACGGGGGCUCCAGGUAGUAUCCAGGUGGUACCUACCCGUGCGAACUCACAAGAGGACCUACCACCAGUUAAGCGAUCACCAGUCUAGAGAUAUGGCAACGUGUUAAUGUGCCAUGGGCCAUGGGCCCUAGUCUCAAUUGUAUUGCACAAGCGCUAUUAUAUUCACUAUACGAAUAGAUACCCUGGCCUAUUUCUGCCGCAAACCUACGGCGGCACAUCUGUUAUAGAACAUAAUUUGGACUAAUUAAAUCACGGUGUAAACGAAAAGAGAACUUGCACCUAAGACUAGUCGACAAUUUCCCAAGACCUAUUAAAAUAAAAUAAUCAUAUUAUGAAAUUGUAUUUAGAAUAGAUAGAGAAUCGAAUGACAUGCUAUGUUUAUUUUAAAAUGUAAUCUUAGAUCAAUUCAAACUCUGAGCUCGGAAAAUUCCACAUAUUUGGAACACAUGCUUGAACACCAUUUACUGUAUUUGAACAACAUUAUCAGUAUUAAGACGUUAUUUUUAUCAAGAUAUAAAAAUAUGUAAAACAGAACUGAACUGCAUUACUCUUCUGCGUUAUUUCAUUAUAAAUAAGUCAAGUCCGUAAUAUUCAAUAGGCUCCAAGCGACAGAAUAGGAUCAUAAAAAUCGACAGCCACACCGAAAAGUUAAUGAACUUUUAAAGAAAUAAUAAUAAAACAUCGAAAACAAACAAAUAUAACGAUUAUUUCCAGACAUUCGCAUUUUUAUAACGUCAUAAAAUGUAGUUGAUAGCGCCUUAUUAUACUCACUUGUAGUAGUCGAAAUGAUAAGACACAGAAUUCACUAAAUAAAAGUUCAUUUGUGUUGUUGCUGACAAAGGGCGUUAACGUAUGUUUAAAAUAUUAUUUUAUAAAUGACGACAUACCUAACAGAGUACUAAAUAAAAUGUGGAAUUACAGUGAUUUUUGUUUAAUGUGUAUUUUAAUGACGUUAUCUGAAGAGUUGUAAAUGUACCAAGAUGUCUAACGCACCUGCGUACAAGGUGCCUCCAGACGGAGGAUACGGAUGGGUCAUCACAUUCGCGUAUGCUUUGAAUAAUGUAGUCGUUCUACCCCUCAUUAGUAGCUUCGGUCUGGUGUUCCAAGAAGCGUUUGAUGAGACGGGUUUGACUCCUACGCAAGGGACCUUAGUUAUAAUACUCAAUCAUAGUAUUGGAAUGUUGUUGUCGUUCUUUGGAGGACCAUUACUACGACGGUUUGGAUACCGAAAAGUAGCUGCCGUCGGGGCUAUACUUAUCUCUGCUGGACUCAUAUUAACGAGUUUAGCAUCUAGUUUCUGGGUCUUCAUUUUAUCGUACAGUAUUCUAAAUUCAAUGGGUGUAGCUUCAGUAAUGGCUGCAUUCACAUUAGCAAUUAAUUCGUUCUUCAAGGAAAAACGAAGUAGAGCAAUCGGUGUCGGCAUGUCAGUCACAGGACUUGGAGCAAUUUACAUGCCACUGCUCAUGAGUACUCUCAUUUACGCGUACGGUUGGCGAUAUGCUGUAUUAAUAUUGAGUGCAAUUUGUCUUCACUCACUUUUAGCGGCAUGUCUGCUAAGGCCUGCGAAAUGGUACUUAAAAGACCCACCGCUCUCGGAAGAGCUUGUACCUCUAAACAAAGAGACUGAUGUUGAACUUGUCAACGGUAGCAUUACGUCUUCAUUAAAAGGAAUAGCUUCUUUGCAUAUGAAUGAUACGAAAGAAAACGGUGGAAUUCCAAUGAAAAGUUUUUCUAUGGGAUCACUGAACAGUAACUCAAGUUUGCAGUCAAGAAAUGCUGUAUCGCACCCUGAUGUGCGUCCAAAGCAAAACGAAACACCACUAGCACAGGCGCGUUACAAAUGGUGGGAAUCACAAGAAGUAAAUCUUGGGAGCUCCAUAAAUAUUUUCAAUGAAAUCAUUGAGAAUAAGAAACAUAAAGAAGUCGAUGUGUUGACGACAGAGGAAAAAGAGAAAAAAGGCUUUUUACAAAAUUUCGUCGAUUUCUUUGAUUUAACACUUUUAAAAGAUCCAAUAUUUGUUAGUAUUCUAAUUGGUCUCUCAGUAGCUGCUUGCGUUGAAACAAACUUUUCUCUGCUCUUACCAAUUAUUCUUAAAGAUAUGUUAAAAUUCGAAACAAGCGAAAUAGCUCAGAUUAUGUCUAUCAUAGGUUUCUCAGACACACUGUUUCGACUGGUAGCACCUUUUAUUGGAGAGUGGUGGAAUAAAUCUCCCAGAGUUAUGUACAUGGUUAGUUUGACGCUAGUAAUUAUCAUCAGAACUAUAAUGCUUUUCACGCAUUCUUAUUUAGGAAUGGUUUUCGUGGCAGUAGCCAUGGGAUUUACAAAAGGAAUACGUACUGUUUACAUGAAUUUGAUAAUCCCUUGCUACGUUCCACUGGAGAGACUGCCAUUUGCUUCUGGGAUACAAAUGUUUUUCAAUGGCAUUAUCAUCGCUUCAAUCGGAUCGUUACUAGGUCGCAUUCGUGAAUCUUCAGGAACCUACAUUAUGCCUAUAAUUGUAUUAAACAUAGUCACACUUUUAACUAUAAUUCUAUGGAACUGUGAAUUCUUGUAUCUAAGAAUAAAAAAUAAAAAUCAAAAGGACAACCAACUUGAGGCUUAAAA